AUGAGUUUCUGGCAUAAGAUUGGGAUCCGAUCGACGACUGGAGCGAGACUGACUAUGAUGGAGACAGCGAUUUCCGUUCGUGUUCCAAGUCCGGACCCAGAUCCAAAUCCAAAUCUAGACCCAAGCCCAAGUCUCAAUCCAGGUCCAACUCCAAGUCCAAAUUCAAAUCCAAGUCCCGAACCAAAUCCAAAUCCAGUGCCAAUUCCGACAAGACCUCUGGAUCGCCCAGCAGUUCUAAAUCCAAAUACAUCGUACCCGACGAAUCAGUCAUGCGGCGUAGCAAAUUCAACAGCACCCAGUAUGGUUGAUAAUAAGGAUAACAAUGAGGAUGAUCUGGUCGCGUAA